GCCGCGGGAGCCCCCGGGCGGGCGGGCGGGCGGCGGCGGCGCCCCAGGAAGGUGGCGGCGGCGGCAGCGGCGGCGGCGGCAGCUGCCGUAGCGGCUGGGAUUCACCGAGGUGGUGGCGGUCGGCGCUGACCGGCAGGGGAGCGCGCCGCGCGGCGGGGACCGUGCCCGCGGCCCCCCCUUCCGCCCUCCCUCCCGCCCCCCCUCCCCGGGGCCGCCGCCUCUCGGGCAGAUCCCCCCCGCCCGGACCAUGGCCGACGACGACGUGCUGUUCGAGGACGUGUACGAGCUCUGCGAGGUGAUCGGCAAGGGUCCGUUCAGUGUCGUGCGGCGAUGUAUCAACAGGGAAACAGGGCAACAGUUUGCUGUAAAGAUUGUCGAUGUAGCAAAAUUCACUUCAAGUCCUGGAUUAAGCACAGAAGAUCUGAAGAGAGAAGCCAGUAUUUGUCACAUGCUGAAGCAUCCUCAUAUUGUUGAACUAUUGGAGACGUACAGCUCAGAUGGAAUGCUUUAUAUGGUCUUUGAGUUUAUGGAUGGAGCAGAUCUGUGUUUUGAAAUUGUGAAGAGAGCAGAUGCUGGAUUUGUGUACAGCGAGGCUGUAGCCAGUCAUUACAUGAGACAGAUAUUGGAAGCUCUACGCUACUGUCAUGAUAAUAAUAUAAUUCAUAGGGAUGUGAAGCCACACUGUGUACUGCUUGCCUCAAAAGAGAAUUCAGCCCCAGUAAAGCUUGGUGGCUUUGGGGUAGCAAUUCAGUUGGGAGAGUCUGGACUAGUUGCUGGAGGACGUGUAGGAACACCUCAUUUUAUGGCCCCAGAAGUGGUAAAAAGGGAACCUUACGGGAAGCCUGUAGAUGUUUGGGGUUGUGGCGUGAUCCUUUUUAUCCUGCUAAGCGGUUGUUUGCCUUUUUAUGGAACCAAGGAAAGAUUAUUUGAAGGCAUUAUUAAAGGAAAAUACAAGAUGAAUCCUAGGCAAUGGAGCCAUAUUUCCGAAAGUGCCAAAGAUCUGGUACGCCGCAUGCUUAUGCUGGAUCCAGCAGAAAGGAUAACAGUAUAUGAAGCACUGAAUCAUCCAUGGUUAAAGGAGAGAGAUCGCUAUGCAUACAAGAUUCAUCUUCCAGAAACAGUAGAACAAUUGAGAAAAUUCAAUGCAAGACGAAAACUAAAGGGAGCAGUACUAGCAGCUGUGUCAAGCCACAAAUUCAACUCCUUCUAUGGUGACCCCCCUGAAGAGCUGCCAGACUUCUCUGAAGACCCCACCUCCUCAGGACUUCUAGCAGCAGAAAGAGCAGUCUCACAGGUGCUGGACAGCCUGGAAGAAAUUCAUGCACUUACAGACUGCAGUGAAAAAGAUUUAGAUUUUCUUCACAGUGUUUUCCAGGAUCAGCAUCUUCACACACUACUAGAUCUUUAUGACAAAAUAAACACAAAAUCUUCACCACAAAUCAGGAAUCCUCCAAGUGAUGCUGUACAGAGAGCCAAAGAGGUAUUGGAAGAAAUUUCAUGUUACCCAGAGAACAAUGAUGCAAAGGAGCUAAAGCGUAUUUUAACACAACCUCAUUUCAUGGCCUUACUUCAAACUCAUGAUGUAGUGGCACAUGAAGUUUACAGUGAUGAAGCGCUGAGAGUUACACCUCCUCCCACCUCUCCAUACUUAAACGGAGAUUCUCCCGAAAGCGCCAACGGCGACAUGGAUAUGGAGAAUGUAACACGAGUUCGACUGGUGCAGUUCCAGAAGAACACAGAUGAACCAAUGGGAAUCACUUUAAAAAUGAAUGAGCUGAACCACUGCAUUGUGGCAAGAAUUAUGCACGGAGGAAUGAUUCACCGGCAAGGUACACUACAUGUAGGGGAUGAAAUCCGAGAAAUAAACGGAAUCAGUGUGGCAAAUCAAACUGUAGAACAACUACAAAAAAUGCUUAGGGAAAUGCGUGGAAGUAUUACCUUUAAGAUUGUGCCAAGUUAUCGCACACAGUCUUCAUCCUGUGAGAGAGAUUCCCCCUCUACAUCCAGACAGUCCCCAGCUAAUGGUCAUAGCAGCACUAACAAUUCUGUUUCGGACUUGCCAUCGACAACACAACCAAAAGGACGACAGAUAUAUGUAAGAGCACAAUUUGAAUAUGAUCCAGCGAAGGAUGACCUCAUUCCUUGCAAAGAAGCUGGCAUCAGAUUCCGAGUUGGUGAUAUUAUCCAAAUCAUUAGCAAAGAUGAUCACAACUGGUGGCAGGGUAAACUUGAGAACUCCAAAAACGGUACUGCAGGUCUUAUUCCUUCUCCUGAACUUCAAGAAUGGCGAGUUGCUUGUAUUGCCAUGGAGAAGACCAAACAGGAGCAACAGGCCAGCUGUACUUGGUUUGGAAAGAAAAAAAAGCAGUACAAAGACAAAUAUUUGGCAAAGCACAAUGCAGUGUUUGAUCAAUUAGAUCUCGUCACAUAUGAAGAAGUAGUAAAACUGCCAGCAUUCAAAAGGAAAACACUAGUCUUACUAGGUGCCCACGGUGUUGGAAGAAGACACAUAAAAAACACACUCAUCACAAAACACCCGGACAGAUUUGCUUACCCCAUUCCUCACACAACCCGACCUCCAAAGAAAGAUGAAGAAAAUGGGAAAAAUUACUACUUUGUAUCUCAUGACCAAAUGAUGCAGGAUAUAUCAAACAAUGAAUAUUUGGAAUAUGGCAGCCAUGAGGAUGCAAUGUAUGGGACAAAACUGGAAACAAUACGAAAGAUCCAUGAGCAGGGACUAAUUGCAAUACUUGAUGUAGAGCCUCAGGCAUUGAAGGUCCUGAGAACUGCAGAGUUUGCUCCUUUUGUUGUUUUUAUUGCUGCACCUACUAUUACCCCAGGCAUUAAUGAGCUGCCAAAAUGGUGCAGAAAAUUGCCUGAUGAAUCUCUUCAGCGCCUGCAGAAGGAGUCUGAAAUCUUACAGAGAACAUAUGCACACUACUUUGACCUAACAAUUAUCAACAAUGAAAUUGAUGAAACUAUCAGGCACCUGGAGGAAGCCAUCGAGCUUGUGUGUACAGCCUCACAGUGGGUCCCGGUCUCCUGGGUCUACUAGACCGAUCACGAGAGAAUUGAGGAAAAAAAAUUAAAAAUUAAAAAUCUGUCAUUACUGGGAACCACCUCAUACAUGGAAAACCUCUUCGUUAUUGACCUUGUAUCAACAGGUCUUGGCCCCUAGAGACUACCUAGAUGUAGUGUGACCUAAAAUAUAAUUAUUGUCAUGUCCGAAUAGAUAGGAGGAGGGGGAAAAAAAUUAAAUGCUAAUUUAAAGAGACAGUAUCUUUUUUUAAUCAUUUCUCCUCAACUUUAAUAAAAUGUAUCUUUAAAUAUAUGUAUUAUUCAGUCCUUUGGAAUGUUAUAUUUUUGGAAAUCAUAGCUUUUUAUUUCAAGGGCCCCUAAAAACUGCACAAAAUAGAUGCUGCUUUCUAUAAUCUAUUUUAAUAGUAAUAAUAAUAUGAUUCUGUUACCUUACCUUGGGGGUGGAACACUACAUUCUUUUUAGAGUCUGAUUUUAUGGAUUGGAAUACUUUGCUUUCCUUUAUUUAUUUGAAGUAAUUAGUCUAGUGGUUACGAAACAAAUUCAUUAAUUUUAAAGGCCUUUUUUUGCUUUUUUUUUCCUAGGAUAGUGUUUUUAAGUACUUUUGUGUAACAUCCAGAUAAUGUGAUACUGUCUCUUUGAAGAACUAUGUAAAACUUUUAGAAAUUUGAAAUUGGGUCUUGACUCUUAAUGCAUGUGGACAGUCGCAAGCGUUCAUGCCGUUGGUGUAUCUGUGUUGAUAAAACCUGUAAUCUACAGCAAAGUACAUUCCGUUCAUGGGAACACGUACCCAAGGGAAUAAAGUAAAAUAUUAUUCUGACUGAGUUGUAAACCUAUGCACAUCCCUUGCAUUUUGGGCAACUUUAUAAAAAAAAAAAAAAAAACCAAACUGAUUUUUAUUAAUAAUAAUCAUGUAGUGAAAUGUGUUUGUAAUUUUGUCUCAAUUUAAUUUGUUGUAAGGUGGGAGGGGGCAAUUACUGGUUUCACCAUUUCAGAUCUGUGUUGUCUGAGAGUAUUAACGUUUUAAUUAAGUUUAAGCAAAGAAAUGCUGAUUUUUAAUAUGUAUGUAAUUGUUUAAAAAUGCACACAUUUUAAAAGAAAAUACUGUGCAAUGAAGAAACCAGUUUAGGCACUGCGAUAAACUGACUAUUCCAAAAGACUCAUCUACAACAGCCCUGUAAAUUCCUUUAAAAAUGGUAAUUGACUCUACAGUCUGACCAAUUUUUUUUAUUUUAAAUAUACUUCCUUUUAUGUGUUCAACAAUUAAA